GUCGCGGCGGUGGGUCGGUGCCGCUGUCCCUGAUCUGGCACGUUCCCAUCUAAAAUUUUCUGUUUAAAUUUGGAUCCCCCUUUUCGAGAUUUGCCCAUUAGCGACCAUAUUCAGAACCACUGUACUGGCGUCUGGAUCCAGGUGUUUUUCCAAUCCAUUUGUGAAAUAUACCCCCUUAUCCUGUAAGAUGGCGGUGGUUAGCGGGUUGUCGGGGCCGGCGGUCGCCCGGCUAGAGGGCCGAGAAUUCGAAUACCUGAUGAAGAAGCGCUCGGUGACCAUCGGGCGAAACUCGUCGCAAGGCUCCGUGGAUGUGAGCAUGGGUCACUCCAGCUUCAUAUCCCGCCGCCAUCUGGAAAUUUUCACGGCGGGAGAGGACGGGGCGGGCGGCGGAGAUUUCUACUUAAGAUGCCUCGGAAAAAACGGGGUGUUCGUGGAUGGGGUGUUCCUGAGACGCGGGGCGCCUCCGCUGCAGCUACCACGCGUAUGCACAUUUAGGUUUCCUAGCACCAACAUUAAGAUCACCUUCACUGCCCUGGCCAGCUGCAAGAAGGAGCGACGGGAGGCUCCUGAGUCGCCUGUCAAGCCCGUCCAGCCACAGAUCUCACCCCUCACCAUCAGCAUCCCGGACAACAUCUCCCACCUCAUGAGCCCCCUGCCAUCCCCCACGGGCACUAUCAGUGCUGCCAACUCCUGCCCGUCAAGCCCACGGGGGGCUGGGGCAUCUGGCUACAAGAUGGGGCGCCUCGUGACCUCUGACCUGCAGCUCAUUGGGGAUAAUUCCCAGUCCGAGAAUGACAAGGAGGCAUCAGGAGGGGACAGCCCCAAGGAUGACUCCAAGCCCCCCUACUCCUAUGCCCAGCUCAUCGUCCAAGCCAUCACCAUGGCACCCGACAAACAGCUGACCCUGAAUGGGAUCUACACUCACAUCACCAAAAACUACCCCUACUACAGGACCGCUGACAAGGGCUGGCAGAAUUCAAUCCGCCACAACCUCUCCCUGAACCGCUACUUCAUCAAAGUUCCAAGGUCCCAAGAGGAGCCGGGGAAGGGCUCCUUCUGGAGGAUCGACCCGGCAUCCGAGAGCAAGCUCAUUGAGCAGGCCUUCAGGAAGCGCCGGCCCAGGGGCGUGCCCUGCUUCCGAACCCCCCUCGGGCCCCUGUCCUCCCGGAGUGCACCGGCCUCCCCCAACCACACAGGGGUGCUGUCCGCUCACUCGAGUGGGGCGCAGACCCCGGAUAGCUUGUCCCGGGAGGGCUCUCCGGUGCACAUGGACCCAGAGCCCACCCCUGCCUCCGCCCCCACCCCCAAUGCUGCUGCCCAGCCCAAACUCACCGUUAUCCAAGAGGCGCACUUCGCACAGAGCACUCCAGGCUCCCCACUCAACAGCCAGCCUGUUCUAAUCACGGUCCAGAGGCAGCUACCACAGACCAUCAAGCCAGUCACCUACGCGGUGGCCACGCCCGUGACCACCUCCACGUCCCAGCAGCCCCUCAUGCAGACAGUUCAUGUAGUUCACCAGAUCCCAACCGUGACUGUGGCCACCAUGGGAGCGCUGACCGCGGCCAACACCUACACGGUGGCUGGUCAGGCAGUGGUUACCCAGGCUGCCCUGGUCAACCCGGUCAAGGCAGAGCCGCAGGAGAAUGGGGAGCACAAAGAGGUCAAAGUGAAAGUAGAGCCAGUCCCUGCGGUCACCCCUGCUUCUAUAGGCACCGCCAGCCGAAUCAUCCAGACGUCCCAAGCCACGCCCCUACAGACAGUGGCAAUAGUGCAGUCAGUGCCCCUGGGGCAGCACCAGCUCCCUGUGAAGACCAUUACACAGAAUGGCACCCAUGUAGUGCCCAUCACUACUGCCAUCCAAGGACAGGUCACCACAGCAUCCGUUGCUGCGAGUCCCCUACACAUGCUGGCCACCCACGCCUCCGCCUCUGCCUCCCUCCCAACGAAACGGCCCAAUGGCGACCAGGUGGAGCCGCUGGAACCCAAGCGGCCAAAAACGGAGGACGGGGAGAGCAUAAGCAAUGCUGAAAACACAGACAGGACGCCUGCCAGCGAACUGGGUAGCCAGGACUAGACACGACCACCAUCUCACCUCCCUAUCUUUUUUUAAUGGUCACCGCUCCGUCAAGCAGUCCAAAGUGCCAAAAAGAGUGGAAAAAAUAAUAAUAAAAUAAAAGUUAAACCAUCUUUGAACUUUGGAAUGUGUUAAAAGGAGAAAAAGUAAUUAUUGAUAACAACAAAAAGGAAAAAAACAAACGGAAACAGCAAACGGAGAAGAAUGGCAUCUAUCUGAGCAGAUCACCACCAGUGAAAUGAGGCCACGGGGAAGCCUUUGGGGAAACCAACCAAAACGUCAUGAGAUCCAGCGGAAAGUGCCGGAACAAGAGCAUGGGGGAGGGCGAGCUGCACUGCAAGGAAUUAUGUUCUUACUUCUCUUAUUUUAAGAUUUGUUUUAUCAUAAAAAAUAGGAAUGUGUUUCUUAUUUUUAAGAUGAAUAAUCUUGUAAUGAAGUAUGUAUAUAUAUGUAUUUAUAUAUACUUCAUUGCACUGUCUACACAUCAAUAUACACAUUGUCACUGUUUUUUUUGCAGUGUGGGGGUGGGGGCAGGGCAGGUGGCACUGCACAGCCAAGGAAACCAUUCCACCCAGCACACUCCCGCCGGCCACACGGACACCUCCAGCAGUGUAGCUGCAGCAUGCCAAGUGCUUGCAACAUAUCUGAUUUUAAACAGGCAAGAGUGUGCUCUGCAAGAAGAGCCGUUUUCUCUACACUGGCAGCUAGCCUUUGAUACUGACUUACCUGACACAGCUGUUCAUAGAUGAUGCAGUAUCUUGUUCGCAUGUGGAAAAUAGGAUCUUCUUUUGGAUGUAUUCUUACUGGUGGGCAGGAAAAAAAUUCAAACAAAAACAAAAAGGACAACCACAAACCAUGGGGUCACUGACAUUUUGGAAAGCGCUACUCUUGGACUUGACAGUCCCAACCUGUUUUUUUUUUUUUUUUUUUAAUUGUAUGUGGACUUUUUUCAAAUAGAGUGGCUUUUUUCCUGUCAAAUCCAAAUCCUUUAUUACACUUACAUUUUCAUAUUUUAACAUAACCUCUGAAACUGUUAUUCCCAUGUGUAUCUGAUCAUACGCUUUGUUGAGCUUGCAUGUAUCUGAACGCAGAGACGUACCUGAACUGUUUUCUCUAAACUGAACCGAGGGGAAAGGAAAGACCUGCUUUUGAAUCUGGCCAAAGCUGCACUUGAUUAAUGUUCCCUGAUUUUUGUUGUGUUCCCCCUUUUUCCUGGUCACCCUUGGCUGUGUUUCGCUUUGUGUUGUUGGCUGUCCCUUUGCUCGGACUAUUUUACUCUGUUCAGGUGACCGAAAAGCCUCCUUGAAUUGUACAUGUUCCC